AUGUUGGUUCAAGAAGCUCUGAAGGCAGACGUCAACGUCACAGUUGGCUGCAAGGUUGCCGCUAUCGACGAGGAAAAGCCAGCUGUAAUGCUGGAGGAUGGGAGCGAGCUGAGAGCAGAUAUCAUAAUUGGUGCUGAUGGUAUUGGCUCUAUUACACGAAAAUGCAUCCUACCUCAAACCCAGGGAAAGGCCGUCUACAAAUUGAGCGCCUGGAUGGUGAACAUACCAAUUCCGAUCCUUCAGCAAGAUCCAGAACUCCAGCCGUGUCUCGGGGAUUUAAACUUCUGGUUCGGUCCCAGCCGUUCCAUCACAGCAGCAACGGUUCCGGAUCAGGACGCGUACAACAUGACGCUUAUCGUUGACCAUGCCAACCACGAUGCAUACACUCAGGACGAAGGACAGAGUUUUGAUCAGAUCAAAGAAUUGUUUCACGAUUUCGAGCCCACGAUCACGAAAUUAUUGUCGCACGCGCCGACUCAGGAAGGCUACCUGUGGCGCAUCUCAGAAGUUCCUCCUCUGCCGACAUGGAUCACCCAAGGCGCCUCACAGUGUGUCGAAGAUGCUGGUGCUCUCGCCGAGUGCCUUUCCCGCGACGGUGCCGAUCUGAUGGAGCUCCUGCGCGUCUUCGAGAUGAUUCGGAAGCCACGUGCCGAGUCUGUUGCCGCUCGCUCCGCUGCUCGGCAGUUGAUGUUUCACCUUCCCGAUGGCCCUAAACAGCAGGAGCGCGAUGAGAAAAUGCGAUUGCAGGUGCGGAGCUAUGAACCGGACAAGAAUACUGACCCCAUGGCUAGGCAAAGCGAGUUCUCGAUCGCGAGCUUAGUUGCGCAGCGGCCUGAGAACGUGGGAACAUUAAGGUACGGACAGUAA